AACUAUUUCAGCUGGUGGGUCCUGUUACGUGUUACUUCAGUUAGCUUGUAUGUAAUGGCUAACAUGCUUUCUGUGGUGAGCUGAAGUGUAAAUGAGGAAUACAUUGAUAGUAUUUGUACAUAUGUAAAGGCUGCGUUCAACUCUAGUGAUACGUGUCAAUAAAACCGUGGACGGUGCUUAUCUACGGUGUUGACUGAACAUGUGGAGCUCAGGCCGCCGUGCCCUUCACGAUUUGCUCUGCCAGUCUUCUGUGAGGAGUUUCUCUCUGACUCCUACUCAGAACACAGUUGUGGUGGAGCGAUGGUGGCAAGUCCCCUUGUCUAAAGUAGGCAGUCCUCCAAGGCUUCAUCCACGAAGACACAGAAUCUACAAGCUGGUUGAAGACACCAAGCACAGUCCCAAAGAGAAGAUGGAGCUCAUCCUGACUCAGACAGUACCAAAGCUCGGUGGGAGAGGAGACACUGUGUUUGUGAAAAAGUCUGUUGGCCGAAAUAAGCUGCUGCCCCAAGGCCUCGCAGUGUAUCCAUCACCAGAGAACAAACAGUUGUUUGCUGAGGAGUUAAAACUUUUGCAUGAGGGAAAACCGGAGGACAGAAUCCAAACCCGCACUGGACAAUUAACGGUGGAGUUCCUUAAACGCUCGAAGUUGAACAUAAUGAAAGUGCCCUGUGCUGAAUUCCAACUCGUUAAAGAGGUCGUCUGCAGACAGUUUCUCAAAAAGCUGGGAGUUGUUGUACCACCUCAAGCACUGAGUCUUCCAUUUGAACCGAUUAAGGAAUUGGGUGACUACUGGUGUGAAGUUACGGUUAAUGGAAUAGACAGAGUUCGCAUCCCCAUGUCACUGGUGCCAUACGAGGACCCGUCUGCAAGUUAUCAGAGGCAGUUGAAAGCUCAAAGGCAGCUGCAGGCAGCUGCAGAUACUUUAGAAGCUGCUGAUGAGGAAGCAGCAGUCUUGAAGACAGUUUCUGAUGUAGCAGGGGAGUCUGAGGCUGGUGAUGACACUGAGAGUCAAGUUAGCGAAGCUUCAGGCUCAGCAGGAGCCUCUGGUGUUGAGGAAACGGCAAGUACACAGACAACUCAGGGCACAACAGCACCACCAAGUGACAGUCCAAAAAAAUGAUUAAAGGACACCAAAUGAUGACACCCAUACCACUACAGUGGAUUGUGUUUUCCUAUAAUACAAACUAUACUUGCAUAAAAUGUUGUCAGAGUAAUUAUUCAAGUGUUAUGCAUUUGGUUUACAUGUGGCAAAAGUUUUGGCUUUUCAACACAAUCCAAACCCUGUCAAUUAAAUUGGUGUUCCCUUCUAGUGGUUGUGGACGUCAUUAAAACUAUAAUCUGAGAAUAUGUAAUGUCCUUUAGUGUUGGAUAAAGUUCCUGUGGGAGGUUUCCAAGGACCUUGUUUGACAUCAAAGGAAUGAUGCAGAGGUAUGUUAGAUAUGGGUAGUAUAUUGCAUUUGGAUAAACUGAUCUCUUAUUGAACCAUAUGUAAACAGACUAGUUGCAUUCACAGGCAUUUAUUCAGGAAAGGAAAAUAUUUAUUCAUCAAUUUUAACUGCACAACAUGCAUAACAGAAGUAUUGCAUAAACAAAAAAGGUACUUUCCAGUGUUUUUUAACCAAUUUGUCAGAAUUAAAAAAGUUUUUCCCCAAAAAACUUAAGUGGAGACAGUUUCCAGAAGUAUAUGUGAGUACAUAUUAAAAAUGUUUGCU